CGCACGGUGACGCUGCGCAAAGGCUGGAUCUAGUCUUAGAUCCAUCAUCAUAUUUAACACACCCACCCAGAUUCACACAUGCUACAAGAGGUGCAUUCUCUUAUCCCGUUAUACUCCUAGAAGUGGCCUGGCCUUCCUGGGGGAUAUAUAUGUACCGUUACCUGGGCAGUUUCUUCUGGUGGCUUGCCUUCACUCGGGACUCGAUGUGUUAGAAUUACGCACCAUGGAUCGCAGAAGUGGAUGAGAGCACACACGUCGGCUACUUUUCGGGGACUUUCCCUGAAAACCUUUAAAUGCGAAGAGCUGCACUACCCGUACAUUCCCCUGGGUCAACGUCCGGGGUGUUUGACGGCUGCUCUUCCUGAACAGGAACGAGGUUGGACGGUGAGACUGAGACGCGCACUCGGACCACAAGCACGUUUAGAGGAUCAUUUCCCCCCGUGUAUCACGAGCGCUUUUUGUCCGCUACGCUAUAUUCCUUGUAAAAUAUUUGAUGGUAGCCAGGAGAGGGGAAAGCGACAGUGUGAAGAGGAUGUGGCUUGUGCAAAUCGAUCGCUGGUCUGGUUUAACUCGACCUGUUUUACCUGGACGCUUGCGGAUGAUUUUGCGCUUCUGAAAUCUCGCCUGGACACCAAGCCGGACUCUGAUGUUGAACAUACAAAGGCUGAACACUGAAUCCUUUACUCAAGACGGCAAGUGAAGAUGGGUCCUACGUCUUUAAUGUAUAUUUUAUUAGAUUGGCAUCCAGUAUAAUAAACAUCAUCAGCGAUGUAGUUAGCUUGUUCAUCUGCGUGCUGAUAAUUUGCAGUAAAUACUCAUAUCUGAUCAAAAGGGAAACCAUGAAGAUGAUCCUCCUUCGCAAAUUCCGGGUUUUAAUCCUUAUGGUGUUCCUUAUUGCAUGCUCGAUGCACAUAAUGAUAGACUUGUUACCAAAGCUGGAGAGGCACAGCAACAGCGGCUGUUCCUGCUCUCACACGCCGAGCGAGAAGCCCCAGAGCUGGGGGAAGCAGAGCUGGCCUAACAAGCACACCCUGCGGAUCCUCCAGGACUUCAGCAACGAGCCGAGCUCGAAUGUUUCCUCCCACUCCCUGGAAAGCGACAAAACGCAGGCUUCCAAGAGGCUGGAGCAUCACGAACAGCGUGGUGACAGGAAGAGACCGUUGAUCCAGGACGCCACAGUGACCAAGAACGCGCCGGAUAAGGGUUCAAGGUUGUCGGCUCUCUAUGACCACCCCUUAUAUAAAAGAUCUCUGCCAUCUCUGACAGAGGAGGACACGCUGUUCAACGUCAACACAGACAUCAGAUUUGACCCCAAAGCAGCGGAGGACCAGUCAUGGGACACUGAAGGCAACGUAGAUGAGUUCAGCCCCACAGGGGAACUGACGGCUGAUUCCUACCCCAACUGGCUCCGCUUCCACAUUGGGAUUAAUCGAUACGAGCUGUACUCCAGACACAACCCAGUCAUUGAUGCUCUCCUGAAGGACCUGGUCAUCCAAAGGAUCACUAGCGUGGCAAUGAAGUCUGGAGGCACUCAGCUCAAGCUCAUCAUGACCUUCCAUAACUACGGCCAGGCUCUGUUCAAACCCAUGAAGCAGACCCGGGAGCAGGAGACCCCUCCAGACUUCUUCUAUUUCUCUGAUUUUGAAAGACACAAUGCUGAGAUUGCUGCCUUUCACCUGGACAGAAUUCUGGACUUUCGCCGCGUCCCCCCUGUGGCUGGCAGACUGGUCAACAUGACAAAGGAGAUCCGAGACGUCACACGAGACAAAAAGCUCUGGAGGACCUUCUUCAUUUCACCAGCCAACAACGUUUGUUUCUACGGAGAGUGUUCGUACUACUGCUCCACCGAGCAUGCUCUGUGCGGUAAACCAGACCAGAUAGAAGGAUCUCUGGCUGCCUUCCUCCCAGACAUGGCUCUCGCCAAACGCAAGACCUGGAGGAACCCGUGGAGACGUUCCUACCACAAACGCAAGAAGGCAGAGUGGGAGGUGGAUCCCGACUACUGCGAGGAGGUUAAACAGACUCCACCUUACGACAGCGGGACACGGCUGCUGGACAUCAUGGACAUGACCAUCUUUGACUUCCUCAUGGGGAACAUGGAUCGCCACCAUUAUGAGACGUUCGAAAAGUUUGGAAAUGAGACCUUCAUCAUACAUUUGGACAAUGGCCGGGGCUUUGGAAAGCACUCUCAUGACGAGAUGUCCAUUCUGGUGCCGCUGACCCAGUGCUGCAGGGUAAGGAAGUCGACCCACUUGCGUCUGCUGCUGCUGGCUAAGGAAGAAUACAAGCUGUCGAUGCUCAUGGCAGAAUCCCUGGUGAGGGACCGCCUCAGUCCCAUCCUCAUCCAGCCACACCUGGAAGCCAUGGACCGACGACUACGGCAGGUGCUGAAUGUGCUGUCAGAAUGCAUUGAAAAGGAGGGUUACAGUUACGUAGUGGAGGACGACCUCCAGGGGGAUCAAGGGACAGACCACACUCACACAGGCCCACGACGGAGGUAGCUAUCUGGGGUUGCUGGCAGCUUGAUAGGACGAAAUCUCUGGAGAGAGGAGACUGGACCAGAUUCAGUCUCUCUCUCUUAAAACUGAACUGUCAUCCUGUAACAGAUGAGCUCCAUCUGUACUGAAUUUCUCAGAGGGCUUGAUUUUUUUGCUGAACUUACAGUGAAGCCCACCUGCCUGAGAUAGAUAUAAGCUGUCUGGAAGUGGAAGCCUGCUGGAUAGGACUGGACUUUGAUAAACAGUGCAAUGACUGUAUCUGUACUGAAGACUUCACGACAGAUCUGGGCGCACCCUGCAUCACCUAGACUCCUUAAAAUAUCCAACCCUGACUCUAGUGUAGGAUAGCUUCACCACAGCUUACCACACCAACCCACCGCAGCACUACCAAACUAUGAAAGUCUUGCAAGAGACUCCUUCUCUCCGUCUUGUUCAGGACCCUUUUUUGAAUUCAGUGAAUUCUGAGGGACUUGUAAAGCUCUCCCCACCUUUCCCUUCCUUAUCUCCACAAGCUGAAUUAUGUGUUUCUACGUAUUGUUGGUAUUGCAGAUGUUCCAGCUGAACCUUCACAGUGGAGAAGGAGGUGAAAGUUUACUUCCUGUUGUCUUAUCAAAAUAACAUUUUGAGUUCUGCUGGAAAAAUGUUUUAUU